UUAUUCUAUUCUAUACCUGAACUCCAUUAUGCUCUGUUUCAAAGAGCAACUGACUCAAGUCAUUUUGAGUUUAUCCAAAGUACUACAUUUUGUUAAUAAAAGGCUACUUCUAUCCUUUAACUCACAUAGGCUGAUAUUUUUUGUGCGUUAUAUUUUUAUGGUGCGACUUUAGUAAAGUAAAAGAUGCACGACAUUGUAAUUUAGGAAAUUUUCUUGAACAGGGACAACUUUUCCUGCUUACUGACGAACCCAAUUGAGGCAGUUCGUCGUUUGUCCACAUGAUGUCCUCGUGGUUUCUCUUUCACUCGCAGACUGCCAAAAUACAAGUCUUCAGCAAUUUACUGUAUUACUCUUUAGAAAAAAUCAAAAUACAGCUCUUCAUAUCGUCUAGUAUUUCCAUUCUGUCCACUUCUCUGGAUUGCGUUUUGUGCAAAUGCUAGAGAAGCAGCGAGGGAAAAGAGGGAACGAACGGAGCCAAAAUGGCGGACUGUAGCCGUUAAUCAGUCUCAUCCAGGUGUCGUUAAUUGUUUCCCUGAGACGGCGAGGGGCUCAUGUGGCGGCACGUUACGGCAGGAAUAAUCAUCAGCACAAAGUUCAGUGACCAAGUGGUGUAAGGAAAAGCAGCAAGAGAAGAAAGCGUACGUUUAUCAGAGAGGCUCAGUGGUGGAAACAGACUUCGGAGCAGCACUUGAGGAACACAGCAACCACUAAAGAGUCGCAGGUGGAGGUGAUCUCAGAUGGAUUAUGCAAUGAAGUCCCUCAGCCUUUUGACUCCGUCUUCCCUCUCCAAGUGUGUGACAGCCAGCGUCUCAGCCAGCGCUUCCAUGACCCAGCAGCUCCUGUCGGGUCGAGCUCCUCGGCCAAGGCCCUUCAGAGUCACGAACGCCGACCGCAAUGUGAAGAAGGGCAUCAUGGCAGACACACUCGAAGACUUGAUAAGCAAGGUCAGCGACUCGUUGAGUGUACCGUGUGUCAGCGCCCUGGUGCUGGAUGAAGAUGGCACAGGUGUGGACACAGAGGAGUUCUUCCAGACGCUGCCUGAAAACGCUGUCCUUAUGGUCCUGGAAAAGGGCCAGAAGUGGACCCCUCACCAAAACAGCCCCUACAGAAAUCAGCUCAGCGAGUGCAGGCCGCGACACCGAACAGAUGUGGCCAAGCUGACUUUUGACCUCUACAAGAACAACCCUAAGGAUUUCAUUGGCUGCCUGAACGUGAAAGCUACCCUGUAUGGUGUUUAUUCUGUGUCCUAUGACCUGCGCUGUUACGCUGCCAAAAAGAUGCUGAAGGAGGCUCUGCGUUGGACCAUCUUCUCCAUGCAGGCCACAGGCCACAUCUUGCUGGGCUCCUCCUGCUACAUCGAGCAGCUGCUGGAGGAGGAGGAGGAGCGAGCGGAGAAGAGCCUGAUGCUGCCACAGGAAAGCAGGAUCAGGCAGCUGCAGAGCAUGCUGCUGGGAAAGAUAUCCCACUGAUGAUGGGAUGACGAUGGAGGAACAAAAACACUUUGGUCUUAGAUUUAGGACACAAUGCAGAUGUAGAGUUUGCAUCUCUUUGCUCACAGUCACGCACUUUCUCUGUUACAUCAUUUUUGCCCCAUCUGUACGUGGAAGUUAUUUCUCAGAAAGCACUUUUCCUCACUACUGCGUCUAACUUUUUCCUGUGGAGAUGAAUAAAUAAAACUUAACACUUUU